AAUUUCCGCUUCCCGCAGCUGGUUUACAAAACAGCCGAUUGUACGGGAAAAAAGCGGACUUGGCAGCACUGCACCACACUUGGUGCCGGGCCACAACCAUUCGCUACGAACCGUUUGUUUUGGUUUUUACGCUAAAUUUGCUUUUAAAGAUCCGAGACCUCUUCAUGGCCGCUGAGGUGGCCCAACUGUUGCUGUCGGUUAUCCAGGGAAUACCCGCUGGGGCCACCAAUGAUGAUCUCACCAAGGCCCUAUCCGAUGUGUCGGCAGCCACCCGAGUCGAGGGCCUCAACAUAUUGCUACAACAAGGCGGCAUCGAGAUCCUUAAGAAAGGAGAGAAGCUGGUCUAUCGUGCCAAGGAUCCGGAGAAGAAGAGCGCCCUGCCAAAAGAUGCAGACAAUGAGGAAAAAAUCGUCUACGGGAUUGUGGAGGAGGGCGUGAACAAGGGCAUUUGGAUACGAGACAUUCGGAUGAAGUCGAACCUGAAUAUGACACAACUGAAUAAAAUUCUCAAGAAUCUGGAAACAAAGAAGCUAAUCAAAGCGGUUAAAUCUGUGAAUGCCAGCAAAAAGAAAGUUUAUAUGCUGUACAAUUUGGAGCCGGAUCGAUCCAUUACAGGCGGUGCCUGGUACCAGGAUCAGGACUUUGAAGUUGAGUUUGUCGAUGUCCUCAACCAGCAGUGCUUGCGCUUUCUGCAAAUGAAGCGCGAGAAUGCGGAAAAGAAGCGUGACGGCCCCUUGGCGCUCAAGCAAAUGUCAUGUUGCACCGUCAACGAUGUCCACAAAUUCAUAUCGGAUUUGGGCAUUAGCAAGGUGACCCUAGACGAGGAUGAUUUGGAAACCAUUCUUAAGACGGUUGUCUACGAUGGGAAUGCGGAGCGCAUAAUGCAGCAGGAUGGUUCCUAUGUUUAUAGGGCCAUUAAUUUACCCCUCCCACCGACUGGGUUGGUUCAAAUGCCCUGUGGCAUAUGUCCUGUAAUCAAGAAUUGUUCCAAUUGUGGCGAUGUGACAGCCAUUAAGUGUCAAUAUAUGAAAGAAUGGUUGGAGUAAAGAAUUUAAAGAAUU